GGCUCCCGGGCUGCGGGCUCCGCGCGGCGGCAGGCUCGGUGCGCAGCGCGGCUGGCGCUGCGCUCCGCCCCGGCUGCAUUGCUGCGCUCCCGGUGCCCAGGGGAGCCACGCGCCCCGCGCGCCCCACAGCCGGCCGCCCGGAGGCAGCGCAGUCCUCUGGCAUGGGCCCCGGGGGCGCCCCGAGGUGGGGCUCCAGGCUGAGACGCUAAAAGCCUCCCUCCCGCCCGCGGGGCCCCGCGCCCAGCCCGCCAGCCCAACAGCCCGCGGCCAUGGCCAUCCGGCCCGGCCUGUGGCCAGCGCUCCUGGGCAUAGUCCUCGUCGCCUGGCUCCGCGGUUCGGGUGCCCAGCAGAGCGCCACGGUGGCCAACCCCGUGCCUGGUGGCAAUCCUGAGCUGCUUCCCCACUUCCUAGUGGAGCCCGAAGACGUGUACAUCGUCAAGAACAAGCCGGUGCUGCUGGUGUGCAAGGCCAUGCCUGCCACACAGAUCUUCUUCAAGUGCAACGGGGAGUGGGUGCGCCAGGUGGACCACGUGAUUGAGAGGAGCACGGACAGCAGCAGUGGGCUGCCCGCCAUGGAGGUGCGCAUCAAUGUCUCGAGGCAGCAGGUGGAGAAGGUGUUUGGGCUGGAGGAGUACUGGUGUCAGUGCGUGGCAUGGAGCUCCUCAGGCACCACCAAGAGCCAGAAAGCCUACAUCCGCAUCGCCUAUUUGCGCAAGAACUUUGAACAGGAACCGCUGGCCAAGGAGGUGUCCCUAGAGCAGGGCAUUGUGCUACCCUGCCGCCCGCCAGAGGGCAUCCCCCCAGCCGAGGUGGAGUGGCUGCGGAACGAGGACCCGGUGGACCCGGCUCUGGACCCCAACGUGUACAUCACUCGGGAGCACAGCCUGGUGGUGCGACAGGCCCGCUUGGCCGACACGGCCAACUACACCUGCGUGGCCAAGAACAUCGUGGCGCGUCGACGCAGCGCCUCAGCCGCUGUCAUCGUCUACGUGAACGGUGGGUGGUCGACGUGGACCGAGUGGUCUGUCUGCAGCGCCAGCUGUGGGCGCGGCUGGCAGAAACGGAGCCGGAGCUGCACCAACCCGGCGCCUCUCAACGGGGGCGCCUUCUGUGAGGGGCAGAAUGUCCAGAAAACAGCCUGCGCCACCCUGUGCCCAGUGGAUGGCAGCUGGAGCCCGUGGAGCAAGUGGUCGGCUUGUGGGCUUGACUGCACCCACUGGCGGAGCCGCGAGUGCUCGGACCCAGCGCCCCGCAACGGAGGCGAGGAGUGCCAUGGUGCCGACCUGGACACCCGCAAUUGCACCAGCGACCUCUGCGUGCACACCGCCUCAGGCCCCGAGGACGUGGCCCUGUACGUGGGCCUCGUGGCUGUGGCUGUGUGCCUCAUCCUGCUACUGUUGGUCCUCAUCCUCGUUUACUGCCGCAAGAAGGAGGGGCUGGACUCAGAUGUGGCUGACUCUUCCAUCCUGACCUCCGGCUUUCAGCCCGUCAGCAUCAAGCCCAGCAAAGCAGACAAUCCCCACCUGCUCACCAUCCAACCGGACCUCAGCACCACCACCACCACCUACCAGGGCAGCCUGUGUCCCCGGCAGGACGUGUCCAGCCCCAAGUUCCAGCUCACCAAUGGACACCUGCUCAGCCCCCUUGGGGGCGGCCGCCACACGCUGCACCACAGCUCGCCCACCUCCGAGGCUGAGGAUUUCGUGUCUCGCCUGUCCACCCAGAACUACUUCCGCUCCCUGCCCCGAGGCACCAGCAACAUGGCCUAUGGGACCUUCAACUUCCUCGGGGGCCGGCUAAUGAUCCCUAACACAGGAAUCAGCCUUCUCAUCCCCCCAGACGCCAUCCCCCGGGGAAAGAUCUACGAGGUCUACCUCGCGCUGCACAGGCCGGAGGAUGUGAGGUUGCCCCUAGCCGGCUGCCAGACCCUGCUGAGUCCCAUCGUUAGCUGCGGGCCCCCUGGAGUACUGCUCACACGCCCUGUCAUCCUGGCCAUGGACCACUGCGGGGAGCCCAGCCCCGACAGCUGGAGCCUGCGCCUCAAAAAGCAGUCCUGCGAGGGCAGCUGGGAGGAUGUACUGCACUUGGGCGAAGAGGCACCCUCCCAUCUCUAUUACUGCCAGCUGGAGGCUGGAGCCUGCUACGUCUUCACGGAGCAGCUGGGCCGCUUCGCCCUGGUCGGGGAGGCCCUCAGCGUGGCGGCGGCCAAGCGCCUCAAGCUGCUUCUCUUCGCCCCUGUGGCCUGCACCUCCCUCGAGUACAACAUCCGGGUCUACUGCCUCCAUGACACUCAUGACGCACUCAAGGAGGUGGUACAGCUGGAGAAGCAGCUGGGGGGCCAGCUAAUCCAGGAGCCCCGUGUACUGCACUUCAAGGACAGUUACCACAACCUGCGCUUGUCAGUCCAUGAUGUGCCCAGCUCCCUGUGGAAGAGCAAGCUCCUGGUCAGCUACCAGGAGAUCCCCUUCUAUCACAUCUGGAAUGGCACACAGCAGUAUCUGCACUGCACCUUCACCUUGGAGCGUGUCAGCCCCAGCACCAGUGACCUGGCCUGCAAGGUGUGGGUGUGGCAGGUAGAGGGUGACGGGCAGAGCUUCAACAUCAACUUCAACAUCACCAAGGACACGAGGUUUGCUGAGCUGCUGGCUCUGGAGAGUGAAGGGGGGGUCCCAGCCCUGGUGGGCCCCAGUGCCUUUAAGAUCCCCUUCCUCAUUCGGCAGAAGAUCAUUACCAGCCUGGACCCUCCCUGCAGCCGGGGCGCCGACUGGCGGACCUUGGCCCAGAAACUGCACCUGGACAGCCAUCUCAGCUUCUUUGCCUCCAAGCCUAGCCCCACAGCCAUGAUCCUGAACCUGUGGGAGGCACGCCACUUCCCCAGCGGCAACCUCAGUCAGCUUGCGGCAGCAGUGGCCGGACUGGGCCAGCCCGAGGCCGGCCUCUUUACAGUGUCAGAGGCCGAGUGCUGAGGCCGGCCUACCUGGACACACCUACAACACUCUCACCAGCUUUGGCACCCACCAGGGACAGGCAGAGCCGACCAGGGGGACCUACCUAUCCUCUGUCCCCGAACACCAGGGACAGCUACUGGGACAGGCCCCCCUGCUUCUGCAUUCCAGCCAGGGUUGUCCCUCAUGCUGGUCCUUCAGACCACCUUCUUCCUACCCUUCUCCAUGGCCUGCCUGGCCGGGCUGGCACAGCCACCUGCUCACACCUGGGGCCCAGGGUGGACAGUGCCUGGAGCCCGGGGCCAAGCCAGCCCGUGUGUGUGGCUGUGUGUGUGAUGCUACCUCUGCCCCUGGCCCUGACCAGGGGCCGCAUGCACACGGGCACACACGCACACGCCAGGCUCGGGACAUGGCUCCGGAGCUCUCGCCUGGGCCGGAACUUAUGCAAACAUUUCUGUGCCUGCUGGGUAGGGGUGCAUCUGCAGGGCCUGGCUCAAAGCCUGCAGAACUGAGGGCCACAGCUGGACGGGGCAGGUGGGGGUGAGGUCCCUUGACCAGGCACAUGAUCAUCACACAGGCGUGGUGCCCACGCAUGCCUCGUGUGUUCCUCUCACGCACACCCCUCCUGGUGUUCCUCUGCCUCCCCCCCCGCCCCCGCCACACGUAUCUCACACUGGCCCCUGGAGGCUGCUCACGUCUCACGCCCAGUGUCCGUACACAUCUGCCUCACAUCCUGCCCACCUCCCACCCCCAGCCAGGGACACCUGCCAGCCCCUCCCUACCCGUCCCCUGCCCCCAGCCUAGAGGUGCCCUGCCUAGCAGGGUGUGUGAAUAUGCAAUGGAGUCCCCGGGCUGUACAAUGGCGAGUGUGUGUGUGUGUGUGUGUGCCGUGGCGUGCCCGUUCCUGGGGCUGGCCGGUGGCCCUGUGGCAGGGCCCUGUCGUGU